UCAGAGAUGAAGGUACUUAUUGUGCUAUGCAUGGUGGUUCUCGCCGCAGUUUUUGAAGAAGGAGAGGGAGCGUGUGCGUGGUCAGACUCUGAUUACCCCUGUGACAGAAUCAGUAGCUGUACUUACGGGUGUAAGCAAGGGCUCUGUUGGAGCCAAUAUGGAGGAGCUUGUGCGUUCUUUGAGAACAGAAAGAAGUGUUUUGAUGGACUGGGUUGCAAGAACUGGUGUUAUCUAGACAAGGGAGGUAACUACUAUCCCUGUCUUGAACACACUGACUGCAAAGAUAUUCACAAGUACCCAUGUAAAGGCGCUUGUUCUUGGUAAGACUUGAUGAGAAGUCAGAAGGGAGACGGUACAAACCAAAGAUCUUGAUGAGGCUGAGUUUUUAACGGGGAGUUAAAGU